CAUCAUCAACCAUCCGCCAGUCUCGAGGUUCUAGGAAAUGGCUGCAGAGACCACGAGCGCGGCGGUGAUCGCCGGGGAGGCCACAACUGCAGCAACUGCGGACGAGAAAAUCGCGCAGUGCAUGCAAAUGCUGGAGGGUCAGACGGACGAGCACAAGUUCGCUGGUCUGCUCAUGGUCACGAAGCUCGACGAUCUGUCGACCGAACGACUCCACCAAGUUCGACGACAGGUGCUCUCGACCGUCGGCGUGAGCUUCUUCCUUCGCCUUCUGCACACCAGAGGUGCGUUUACUCUCUUUUUAGGUGCUAUAUGGCACGAAGGUUGUUGCUCUCUGCUGAUCCAGAACGUUUUCCGGUGUUGCAGGCCCCGACGAUGUCGAGUCGCUUUCGUCCUUCCAAAGCCUCGGGCUCAACUUAAUAGCGAGCUUCUGCGCAGACCCCAGCGUGGCGACGGAGUUUGCACAGGAUAAGCUCGUGAGGUUUCUUCUAGAGCAAUUGGCGUCCCAGUCGACGCCACACGAUUCGUCUCAGGACUGCGUUCGCAUCCUAUCGGGCUUGAAACAGACCGAAAAGGGCCUGCAGGUGCGGCAACCAGCUCAAUCGGUAGAUGAUCUGCUUCUGAGUGGUGCCUGAGGCUUCGUCCGUGUGCUCUUGCCUAGGUUUUGAUGCACGAAAGUGUCCUUGGACGCCUCUUUAGUGCGAUGAAGAAGUUGAGUCGAUCUCACUCGAAUCGAGAUCUAUUGGUAGAGAACAAGCCAACAGAGCAAGAACAACAGACGGACACGCUGUUGGAGGAUCUGUGGAGCAUUGUAGGCGAGAUGGCUAGCAAGCCCGAACUUUGGACGCACAUCCACAGCUAUGACUUCGAGUUCAUUUGCUCAAACUUUUCACACGUGCGGGGUGACACCGCCAUCCUGGUGCUAGCUGUUUUAAACAGCUACAUGAGGCUCGUGGAGAUUGGUGAAGCACCGGUCGAGUUGCUUAGCUCACAGUGUCUUUCUGAUAUUCGUACGGGCGUGCUACGCUUUCUACGUGCAAAAUGGCCUAACCAAGAGCGCGACGAGUGCCUGCGACUCAUAUUCCAGCUCAUGCAGCACUCGGGUACUUCGUGGAUGCUACCUGGCACUACUCUACGCAGUCAAGCGCCUCCUGAUGAAGUGUCCGGUGGCAAAUUCAUUCUGUUCCUGCUGAAGCUCGUGUCCAUUGAGAUUAAGAUCAUGUUGGACGAGGUGGAACUGUCCCUGAUUCAAGUCGAUGAGCCCAAGGUGGAAUCGGUGGAGGAGACGGAGAGACGCGAUAAGGAGAUUAAACGCGUGCUUGCCAUAUUGCCCAUUUGCUACGGGAUCGUCGAGAUGGUGAUCAGCGGCUUAGUCUCCAACUACGAGAGUGAGCUGGUGCUUCCGUACGAUAUUUUGCUGGAGAUGAAGGGAACAUUCAACCAGGUAUUUGUAGUGGUCCUCGAACUGCUGACGCUGGUUCGCGAUUACGUCCAGACUCAUCGCUACCGUGAGCUUCGCGAGUCACACGCUGAGUCAGUCUACCACCUGGAUGCUGUGAUAUGCGCUAGUGUGCGUAUUGUGAGCGCCUGGAUUGCUGAAGACUCCGACACGAGCGUGGAUUUAGUGAUGCAGUUGGUUCCGUUCAUGGUAUGCUACAAACCAUUGCUGGCUUGGGUGACAGACGACGAUGGAUCCCAACUCUUCAAAUCUGAAGACAACCAGACUAUCGAUUCUGAUGACGAGAUUGACUCGGACGACGAGGUUGACGCCGUUUCGCAGAUGAUGCAAAAGGCUGCCGUGAUCCACAAGACCGAUAGCAGCAUCGACCAGCUGCACUUCCUGUUGCCAGGAUUGCUUCAACUCAGUGCACUUCCAGACGGUGCCUCUAUCAUGUCGGAGAACGUGGAUGUUCUGCGGCGUUUGAUGCAGUUUUGCUGCACCAUUUGCGCCGAUAUCGCCGAUGGAAACACUGAAUUUGCCAACGUGUCCACACUGACGCUCUGUCUCGGCAUCUUGAUCAACCUCAUCUUGAUUCGUGGGGGCAACGAGAGCACUGGAACGUCGCAAACAUCGGGUAUACCCAACGCACUGGAGUGGUUUCGAGCGUUGACAUUCCUCCUGCCUGUGGCGUGUGCCAGUGGCUCCCGCUUAAUGACAGACAAGGAUCUUACGGUGGAAAAUCGAGGUGAAGACGAUUGCUACGUGAUGCUUUUACACAUCGUCUGCGUGGUGAUGUUCAUUGUGAGCCAUUUUCAAGACAAGAAGCUCCACCCGUGUCGUUUACCGGCUGCAAUCGCGAGUCUGGUCACGCCGUUCAAUCGCAUUGUCACUUGGAUUGUGGAGCACCCUCCUGACGCGAAGACCGAGUCAACCGCCGACCUCUUCGAGCUCGUGCGCGUACUCUCGAUGCGGUCGAUUCUGACGCCGGAGCUGCUUUCUCGGUGAUAGUUUCGUCCCAGACGACCAGCGACACUGUGCGGUGGUACAUGUAUUAGCAUGCUUGACAGAGGAUCUGACGACGUUACGUGUGGGAUUGCAUACUUGUUUUCUCGGUUAAAUAAGCUUCUCAAUAAAGCAGCUACGGCAAGCUCUAAGCUGUCCUACUGAGGGAGGGCAACGCCGACUGUACGAAUAGUGAACGCGUCUGUAUCGCCCGUUACUGCUUCGUGUCGUUGGUACUUGACUGUAAUUUAUCGAGUUCUAUCUUAUUGUGGCAAAACGUGGAUGUAGACCGGCGGUUCACGAAGUUGAGAUAUCCUGUUCCUCUGCAGAAUCACUCAGACGUCGCCGCUUGUCGAUCGCUCGGAUGGUUUCUUGCUCGCGGAAACGACGUCGGGAGGCAUUCCGGUGCAUGACGGGUACUACGGGUUCAGUGACACAGGGAGGCAACGCUGCAGACAGACCGGAGCCGCGUUGCAACACACUAGCGUUCAUGACAGGCGGCUCAGUCUGGAAAAUAGGCAAUUCACUCGAGAGAGAUCCACGCAUGGCCACUCCGGUAGUUGACGUUGAUGCUACAUUGCGCCUCACCCGCGCGUUCACGAUGGCACGGAUGACCUGGUUGCUGGCCGACAGUUCUAACAAUUCAGCUGCGGGCAUACUGGACUGGGACUGCUGUAAGACGAUCGUGGUGUUGAUGGCGUAGACGCUGUAGCUCGUAUAGGCGUCCGUGGGUAGCUGGUGACGACAAGUGGGGCAGGUGCUGUGCAUCUUGAGCCAGGGUUCAAUGCAGCGCUCGUGGAACUGGUGGCAGCACGCAGGCAGCUCGGCACAGGGCGAUGUGAGUGCUUCCAUGCACACGACGCAGACCGCAUGCUCUCCGUCUUGCUGUUGUCGCACGUCGGCCGGGUUGCUUUUGAGCGACUCCAUGAUGUGCAUGGCGGCUGGUGACACACUGUUGAGCUGCGGAAUGAUGUAGCGGAUAAUGGAAUGCACCCAACGCGCGCUCUUGAACAGCAGUAACGCGUCCUUGAUCUGUGAAUUGGCCGGGGCGGCGUAGCGAACAUUCACGCGGAUGGCGAGGUCCAUUCUGUUUGACGUCGAGUUCGAGAGUGCGUCCUUUCUCGCUGGGGGAUUAUAGAGGGCAACGGAUGAAGCUGAAGCUGGCUACAGUGCUCUGGAAGUAUCAGAAGCAACGAGUGAUGGUCUAGCGCUUGCGUGUGGACUUUCUCGGGGGGUUGAAGUGAUUGACGGACUUGCGGCUGUGCUGCUGUUGCUCAAUGCAACAGGCGGCUUUUUCGUUUUUGGGCUGGAGGUGCGGGGUGUUGCCAAACUGCAAUGCGCGCCGCGGGUGAGAUGGCGGGAGUAUUUUCGUCGGGACUACGAGUUGUAGCCGCAAAAUGUUAUUUUGAGGCGGUACCGUUAAUGCUUCCUCGGGUGCUCAGCGUUGGGUAGUUUUGCGAAUGCUAGACUUGCCAUGCCUUCCGGUGUGAGGAAAAAGUGUCUAACCGCUGCGGAUUACGUAGUCCCGAUUGAGCGCGAUUUGCAAGAACCAUACAUACUUUUUGGUUUCUUACAUUUCUCAAGUCAAAACCGAUUACCCGUCGGGUAAGAUGCAAAAGAGACCCGUACUUAGUAACGGGAUACUUGACAAACCUCAAUGGCAGGCAUGCACAGCAAUAGCUCAACCAAGUCUCAGACGGAAAUACAUAUCUGCCUUGUUCGCCAA